AUGAGGGACUACGAGGACUUGACAGCGUUCCUAGGUGAAUGGGGACCAUUUCAACUACUAAUUUUCAUCCUACUGAGCCUCAGCAGUGUGCCCAAUGGUUAUGUGGGCAUGGCUACGGUCUUUGUUGCUGAUAUCCCACCUCACCACUGUAAGAUACCUCAUCUGAAUUCCAGCUAUGGUAGUCUGAACCUCAAUCUGUCUAUUCCUCUUGAGGAGGUGAAAGGAAAAAUCAUCUUGAGUAAGUGUCAUCGGUACAAGGAAUUAAAUGUCUCUAAUGGAGGAUUUGGGAAUGAGACGGAGAGCUGCCUGGAUGGAUGGGACUUCAGCAAGGAGAGAUAUAUAUCUACAAUUGUUACAGAGUGGAAUCUGGUGUGUGAUGAUGCUUGGAAAGCACCUUUUACUGUAACAGUGUUCUUUUUUGGAGUACUGAUUGGAUCUUUCAUAUCUGGAGUCAUUUCUGACAGAUAUGGGAGAAAGGUCACUUUCUUUACCACAAUGGCAGUUCGGACAAUUUUUAGUCUGGUUCAGGCUGCUUCCAACAGCUGGGAAAUGUUCUGUGUGCUGUAUUUUAUUGUUGGAAUGGCAGAUAUUUCUAACUAUUGUUGUGCUUUCAUCCUGGGCUGUGAAAUUCUCAGCAAGUCAUCGCGAAUCACCUUUGCCAUUAUUGGUGUGUGCAUGUCCUAUGCUACUGGUUAUAUGUUUCUCCCACUUUUUGCCUACUAUAUUCGGAACUGGAGGAUUCUUCUGACAGCCCUAGCCAUCCAAGGAUUCCUUUAUAUUCCCAUGUGGUGGUACAUCCCAGAAUCACCCCGCUGGCUCCUGUCCCAGGGGAGGGUGGAGGAGGCGGAAGCCAUCAUUCGAGCUGCAGCUAAGAUGAAUGGGGUCAUUCCUCCAGAAGUCAUAUUCAAACAAAGUGACUGUGACCAGUUACUGGAAAAAAAUGAUCAGGCAAGGAAAGUACACUACUCUUGGACCGAUCUUCUCAAAACAACCAAUAUAAGAUACAUUACCAUCCUCAACAUGAUCAUCUGGAUAGUCAUCUCCAUGACUUAUUACGGACUCUCUCUCAACACUCCAAACAUGGAUGGUGAUCCCUACCUUAACUGUCUCAUAGCUGCAGCGUCAGAGGUUGUGGGCUACAGCUUGACGUGGUUCUUUGUUCGCUACACACCUCGCCGAUUCACAUUGUCCUUUAGUCUUCUGUUGAGCGGGGCACUGCUGCUCCUCAUCAGAUUUAUUCCUGAAGAGCUCAAUGUGCUGAUUCUCACUCUGAUAAUGACAGGAAAAUCAGGGGUGUCAGGGGCCUUUGCAUUUGUGUAUCUUUAUGCCACUGAGCUUUUUCCCACUGUGGUCAGGAACAUGGGCCUGGGAGCCACCUCCAUGGCUUCACGCAUUGGCAGCCUUUGUUCUCCAUACAUAGCCUACAUUGGAACAUACAAUAAGAUACUGCCCUAUAUCCUUAUGGGUGGUAUCACUAUUAUUACUGGAAUUCUGAGCUUGUUGCUGCCAGAAACAAAAGACGAAGAGCUGCCUGAAUUGAUCAGCCAAGUCAAACCACUGAAAUUGUAA